CGUCGCUUCAGUCUUGUGUUUCCUGUUUACGGGCGGGAAGAGCGAAAGAAGCUGAACUAUCGGUCUGUGUUCUUGCGUCGUUGUGUUUUCAAACAUCAGCGGCACGUUUGUUUUUGUUUCUUAACUCAGUUUCAAUAAUUUAUGAUAAACCGAAUUCUACGCGACUUGGAUAUAUAUCUUUGCUUGAUCUGUGCCUACAGUUUAAAGGGAUUUGAAGCACGAAACCGAUGGAGGAGCCCGCAGAUUCCGGCGGUGGCGGGGCAGCACAGGGCCCCACGGCGCAAGUGGCGGAGAUUCGCUGCCCAAUAGCAGCGCGUCCUAUGCGGCUGCUGGAAUGGAAAGUCAAACCCGGGUCCCUCGUCAAUGUGGACUCGGUGUUGGCAUUAUGUGCUCCCAUCCCGCCGGAGAAAGAGGCCGGGUCCCAUCCACCAGAACAGCCCAAUCGGCUGUCAGAGAAGAAGCUGAAAUCGGACCGAGCUGGAGUGGUGAAAGAGCUAUGCUGUCAACUUGGACAAGUCAUAUCGCCUGGGUGAGUCUGCAAGCUAACCAACGUUAGCUAUAUAGCUUAUGUUGCCUAUGUCAGCAAUGUUUUAUACUGUGUUGUGUACUAUGUUCGUUAGCUAAUGUUGUUACUCAUGGACCAGAUUCGUAGUAGCAUAGCUAACUAGCCUAGCUAAUAAAUGCUAACGUUAGCUAGUUAUGCUAACCCAGUGCGUGUGCUGGAGCGCCAAUCUCUACAACAGCUGGAUGGAGCAUGUAAACGGGCGAGUUCGUUUUACAUGGCUCGGUGCCCUGGGUAGGCAGAGUUUGUACAUUUUAGUCCAUUCCAUUGGUCCUUAAGUGGAAUAUCCACCCACAACAGGCACCGGGCCAUGCAAAAAAAACGAACCCAAUAUUGUAGUACCACGCACAUGACAUCAUCCAGAUGGUAUCGAGUCGUCGAAUUUGCACGCUCGAGCGCUUUUGGGGGAACAAGAACUAAGAAUACUUUGUUCCACUUGAGCCUCAGAAAAGAUUUUGGUGUUAUGAAUUUGUGUAACAAGUAACAAAAACGUACCCAAUUGUCAUACUUGAGUAAAUACUUGAGUAAAAGUAAAGAUACCUUAAUAGAAAAUGACUCGAGUGAAAGUCACACAGUAAAAUACUGCUUGAGUAAAAGUAUUUGGUUUUAAAUAUGCUUAAGUAUCAAACUUAAAAUUAUAAAUAAUUUCAAAUUACUUAUAUUAAGCAAACCAGACGGCACGAUAUUUUUGUUUUAAGAAAAUUACGGAAAGCCAGCAGCACACUCCAACACUUAGACAAUCAUUUACAAACACAGCAUUCGUGUUUAGUGAGUCCGCCAGAUCAGAGUCUGUAGGGAUUACCAGGGAUGUUCUCUUGAUAAGCGCGUAAAUUUGACCAUUUUCCUGUCCUUCUAAGCAUUUCAAAAUAAACGAGUACUUUUGGGUUUCAGGGAAAAUGUAUGGAGUAAAAAUUACAUUAUUUUCUUUAGGAAUGUAGUGGAGUAAAAGUUGUCAAAUAUAAAUGAUAAAGUACAGAUACCCGCAACAACUACUUAAGUAGUACUUUAAAUUACUUUACACCACUGUAUAAUAACAUGACAACAUUUAUGGACAACUGAAAAUGGCCAAAUAUUAACUUAGAGCUGAAGAAGACACCCCUUCUUGUUGCAGUUUUUAAAGUUUGAACGUGUCAGUAGAGUUGUCAUUCUGAUUUUGUAGUUCUGAAACUUAUGACAGUUUAUGCCCUGGUGCUUUUCAAUAUGGAGGCACUACUGUAGUGUCUUAUAGAGAAGUGUGAGGGGAAGUUGUGUUUAUGUUUAGAUAUAGACCUACACAUGUUGGAGAGACAGUUGCCAUUCUAUCAGGCACCUGCACUGUAAAGCCCCUUUUUAAUGGUGUUACACAUGAUUUGUUUUGAGUUUUGUGUUGUAAUUUCAGAUAAUGUCCAUAAUAAAUAUAUAUACAGCACCAGUCAAAGUUUGGACACCUACUCAUUCAAGGGUUUUUCUUUAUUUUUACUAUUUUCUACAUUGUAGAAUAAUAGUGAAUACAUAAACUAUGAAAUAACACAUAUGGAAUCAUGUAGUAAAAAAAGUGUUACACAAAUCAAAAUAUAUUUUAUAUUUGAGAUUCUGCAAAGUAGCCACCCUUUGCCUUGAUGACAGCUUUGCAUACUCUUGGCAUUCUCUCAAUCAGCUUCACCUGGAAUGCUUUUCCAACAGUCUUGAAGGAUUUCCCACAUAUGCUGAGCACUUGUUGGCUGCUUUUCCUUCACUCUGCGGUCCAACUCAUCCCAAACCAUCUCAAUUGGGUUGAGGUCGGGUGAUUGUGGAGGCCAGGUCAUCUGAUACAGCACUCCAUCACUCUCCUUAUUGGUCAAAUAGCCCUUACACAGCCUGGAGGUGUGUUUUGGGUCAUUGUCCUGUUGAAAAAGAAAUGAUAGGCCCACUAAGCGCAAACCAGAUGGGAUGGCGUAUCGCUGCAGAAUGCUGUGGUAGCCAUGCUGGUUAAGUGUGCCUUGAAUUCUAAAUAAAUCACCAACAGUGUCACCAGCAAAGCACACCCACACCAUCACACCACCUCCUCCAUGCUUCACGGUGGGAAUCACACAUGCGGAGAUAAUCCGUUCACCUACUCUGCGUCUCACAAAGACACGGCGGUUGGAACCAAAAAUCUCACAUUUGGACUCAUCAGACCAAAGGACAGAUUUCCACCGAUCUAAUGUCAAUUGCUUGUGUUUCUUGGCCCAAGCAAGUCUCUUCUUCUUAUUGGUGUAGUGGUUUCUUUGCAGCAAUUCAACCAUGAAGGCCUGAAUUUUAUUUUAUUUUAUUAUUUUUAUUUAAAUGUAACCUUUAUUUAACUAGGCAAGUCAGUUAAGAACAAAUUCUUAUUUACAAUGACGGCCUACACCGGCCUAACCCCCGGACGACGCUGGGCCAAUUGUGCGCUGCCCUAUGGGACUCCCAAUCACGUCCGGUUGUGAUACAGCCUGGAAUCGAACCAGGGGGUCUGUAGUGACGCCUCAAGCACUGAGAUGCAGUGCCUUAGACCGCUGCGCCACUCGGGAGCCCUUAUCACGCAGUAUCCUCUUAACAGUUGAUGUUGAGAUGUGUCUGUUACUUGAACUCUGUGAAGCAUUUAUUUGGGCUGCAAUUUCUGAGGCUGGUAACUAAUUGACUUAUCCUCUGCAGCAGUGGUAACUCUAGCUCUUCCUUUCCUGUGGCAGUCCUCAUGAGAGUCAGUUUCAUCAUAGCGCUUGAUGGUUUUUGCGACUGCACUUGAAGAAACGUUCAAUGUUCUUGAAAUGUUCCGCAUUGACUGACCUUCAUGUCUUAAAGUAAUGAUGAACUGUCGUUUCUCUUUGCUUAUUUGAGCUGUUCUUGCCAUAAUAUGGACUUGGUCUUUUACCAAAUAGGGCUAUCUUCUAUAUACGCCCCUACCUUGUCACAACACAACUGAUUGGCUCAAACGCAUUAAGAAGGAAAGAAAUUCCACAAAUUCACUUUUAACAAGGCACACCUGUUAAUUGAAAUGCAUUCCAGGUGACUACCUCAUGAAGCUGGUUGAGAGAAUGCCAAGAGUGUGCAAAGCUGUCAUCAAAGCAAAGGGUGGCUACUUUGAAGAAUCUCAAAUAUAAAAUAUAUUUGGAUUUGUUUAACACUUUUUUGGUUACUGCAUGAUUCCAUAUGUUAUUUCAUAGUUGUGAUGUCUUCACUAUUAUUCUACAAUGUAGAAAAUAGUAAAAAUAAAGACAAACCCUUGAAUGAGUAGGCGUGUCCAAACUUUUGACUUGUACUGUAUAUAUAUGGCGCAAAUAGUGUAAUGAUAGUGUUUCACAGUAUUACUUACCUGCCAGUGUUGUGAUUGGCUGUGAUAUUCACCUAUUGAUUUCUCCUGACGGAGCAGCUACUGUUGUCAAACUGGGAAAGCUGUUCUGACUUUGUGGCUGUGUUAACUACUGGAAAUUUGCUCUUUCAUUUCUUGGUUGCUAAAAUUGUACACCGUUAGCUCAAUUUCAGUUUUUGAAAAAAUAAGCGCGGCAUAGUGUAAGGAAUCAUUGUACCAUCUAUGAUUCAAACAGAGGUUUUGGUCCACCAGCUUCAAACAGCUGUAAAAAUGAUAUUCUUUGUUUAGAUUGUACAAUGAUCAAAUUGAGCAAACAGUGUAGAAUUUUCUCAACCAGGAAAUGAGCAACAACAGUACAAUAGGAAAUGAUUAACAACAGUACAACCAAGCACAUAUCCACAUCAGAGGUGUAGUGGAGCGCAUGUUUGGUGUAUGGAAGAGUAAUUUCUAGUCUCUCAGAAACACAUUACGCUUUCAACCAAGAAGAUGCUGCAUUGUCAUAAUUGCAACAGCAGUGCUUCACAAUUAACUCAAACAGCAUGGUUUUAAUUCACUAAUGGAAAUGUCAGGACCCAAACUGGUUUGAGAAGAACAUUGGUGCUGCUUCAUGUUUCUCUCCUCCUCCUUCAUAGCCAAUUCAACAUGAAGGAUUUGCAUCUUCAUAUAAUGCUCCUCUUUUAAACACAUUUAGUUUGCUUUCAUGAAAUUCCAUGGCCAGUUUCUCCUGCAUGCUCAGCCACUUUGUCUUUGUCCUCCGGCCUGGGUUAGUGACACAAUCUUCCCUCCUGGCUGCUGCAGAUGUAGCGGGCUGAACUUCACCCUGUCUUAUCCCCUCCAAGCUAUGGUAGUCAUCUGUCUCUAGAAAAUGAUUACAUUGCUGCAUUUAAAGAACAUUAUUUAUUAAAGAGUUGAGUUCAUUACAUAAUUUGUAUUAUGGGAGUACAAGAGAUGACUGACAACAUUACAUAUUCCCUGCAGUGCUGGGAUGGCACAUGUUGAAUGAAUGUGUCCUACCAAAUAAGGAUUGGAACUGGGGGUCCGCCACCUGUCUUGAAAUGCUCCCUACAAGCAACAGCAUUUGUCUUCUUUAAGUAGAUUUUUAUGUUUUUCCACAGGACCUUAGAAUGACAAGAUGAUAUAGAAAUUAUAUUAGUAAUUAUGUAUGAUAUUGUUUCUGCCACACAUACAUUUAGGCCCCACUGUGUUGUGACUCAGAUUUGUAAAAGUGGGCCAACAAUAAAUACAGUAUCUUACCUGAAGUUGUUGUAGCGUCCUUUUGGUUUACUUUUUCAUUUGAGUUGAAUUCAUUACCAAUGGUAGUCCAGGCAUUCUUUUUCUUGUUUUCUGUUGAUGAAUCAUACUGUUUGUUCUCUCUAAUUGGGUGGUUUGACACAAUUUGCUUCAAGAGGGUUUUUUCAAAGUCACUGAAAUGAUUUGAAAAUUUUAUUUUACCUCCAUUGUUUGGUUUAGGUGACUUGCUCCAAUUCCACACAAUGCUUAUCUAUUAGUGUCCCAUCCCUGGUUUUUAAAGCGUCCUCAGUGCACAUCAUUAAUCUAAUUAGGCUUCACAAAGAUUAAUUGGUUAGUCCGUACUUACCUUAGUCUGGGACUCCCUAGUCUAGAACUAAUUAAUCUGAAUUUAAGCAAUGUCUCAGAAAGCCAUUUUUUAAAUCUGGAUUAAUUUAAGUAAAAUUAGCCUAUUCCUGAUUUAACUUAAACUCUGUCAGGGAAACGGCCCAUAAAACUCUUAGCUUUUCUACUAAGUUACUAAGCUAACAUAUGGAAUUGUUUUAAGAUGUCCAUACCAUGGAUCAUUUAGCUAUUUGAUUUUGAACUUUAGGACCUCUGUAGGUAUCCCAAGAAAAUACAUAAAAAAUAUUGAAUUUGGCCUUUACGACUAUAGCCCAAAGAAAUGCAUUGCAUAACACAUUCAUAAAUGGCAAAACAGACAGUCAAAAAAUAAGGAAUAAGGUUUUGAAGUGUCUGUCCUACAUCUAGGAGAUCUAAGAAAGCUCAGGAAAUAAUUUGGGUUUUUUGGACAACGGAGAACACUGUGUUCGUGAGAGUCUCAUCUUUGUGGUAUAUUUCGUGAGAAUAAAUUUUUUGGGGAUGUCUCCUGGUCUGAUCAACAGCGCUGUAGCUCGGCCACUUCCACAGGUGCAUCAAUAGACUCUUAAGGAUUUUAAGGGGGAAACCCAUUAUGCUGCUGUCUGAAGUGCCUCUUCUCUUCCAGUGGUGUGAUUGUCAGAGUAAAAGAAUGCAGCCAUCCCAUUGUGAUGAAGGGGCUGUGUGCUGAAUGUGGCCAGGACCUCACACAGUAAGUACACACACAAACCUAUUCCAUGCUACAAUUUCAAUUGGCAUAUUCACAAAAAAAUUAAAUAGGCCUAACUCUUAGUUGUAGGUUACCUCUUAUCCAUUGAAGAUGCAUUGCUAAGUAGAUUUUUCUCGCUCUCUCUUUCUCAGGAUGCAGACCAAUAAUGGGAUGCAGCAGGCUCUCAUCUCCACGGCAAAUGUUUCCAUGGUGCACAGUGUCCCCGAGUUGAUGGUCAGCUCUGAGGUGAGGCUCGGGGUGUCAUGGCACUAGAAGAUGAGUUUCCUCUGACGAUAAUGUGACCUUGUAGAAAUACCUCUGUGUCGUUGGAAUGCAACUUUUCAAUGUAGUAGAGACAGUUUUGUUGAAGCCAUGGCCCCCUUUUUAUGAAUGCCGGGUCUGUGUGAUUUGCCCAUCACACAGCAAGCAGAGCAGCUGGGCAGAGAGGACCAGCAGAGACUCCACAGGAACAAGAAGCUGGUUCUGAUGGUUGAUCUGGACCAGACCCUGAUCCACACCACCGAGCAUCACUGCCAGCGCAUGUCCAACAAGGUAUGUGUAUCUGAAAUCCUUUUCGCUGGCCUAUGAAAAUAGGUUGUUUGGUAUUUCUAUGCCCCAGGCUUUGCUGAGGGUUUGGUAUUGAAAAGAGUAGAUAAUAAACCACUGGUGGUUAUGUAGCUAGAACAAACCAAUGAUGGUUUUGCCCAUGCCUCUGCUCUUGUUCCACAGGGAAUCUUCCACUUCCAGCUGGGGCGGGGGGAGCCCAUGUUACACACGCGACUGCGUCCGCACUGCAAAGACUUCCUGGAGAAGAUCGCCAAGCUCUACGAGCUGCAUGUCUUUACCUUCGGAAGCCGCCUCUACGCACACACCAUCGCAGGUACACACACACACACUAGCAGGUACAUAACAUUCUCUGAUAAUUAUCCCUAUGUUGAAUCACUAUAUAAUUAGAUUUACAGCAAGUAAUGCAAAAAGUAUCAAAAGUGUAAAAAAACUAAACAACAACAAUCGCAUACAUGCCAAAAGUGUGAGUGCACAGACUCUAAAUGCCAGGUGAAUUGAAACACACGUAAUCAUCUAGGAGAGGGAAAGGAAAAGGUGGAUACCUGGUCACUUGUACAACUGAAUGCAUUCUACUGAAAUGUGUCUUCCACAUUUAACCCAACCCCUCUGAAUCGAAUCCUUGAGCUAAGGUAAACAUCUGUCAUUCUGCCCCUGAGCAAGACAGUUAACCCACUGUUCCCAGGCCCUAGAUCCUCUGUAAAAUCACUACCUAAUUAUAGAUCUAGACUUAAUGCCUGAGUGCUGUCUGCAUUAUAGGUGAGAAUUUUAAUCAAUACACUCCCCAGAUUGAGAAAUUAGACACCAAACAAGACUAACAGACAUGCCUCAAUGUGAUUGGUCUCAGCAUUUUGGAGGCAAAUCCUGAGCUUGAAGUCUGAGUGGCCACUAGAGGGCAGCAUUUACCUUCAGUUUGUGUCUUAGGUUCAUUCUGUACUCAGAUUUUCUGGGCUGCGUCCCAAAUGUCACCAUAUCCCCUAGAUAAUAUGGAGGUGCAUCUUUCCCUUUCAAGACGAUUCGAUAUGUAUCUAGAUACAUGGGCUCCGAUACGAUAUAGGAACGAUUCGGUUUGAUUAGAAGAACGAAUCAGUGUGAUAAUAUUCGAUGCACUAACAUUUGUUGCAUAAACACAUUUGUUUUCCAUUCUAAAUUAAAACCGACCGCCAGCAGCAUGAACCAUUCCGACCGCGUCGCACACUUCUCUGUUGGCUCCUGCGGGUAACUCGGUAGUCCCGCUGUAAUACAGUGCUCUACUGUAGUUGUUUUCCAACAGCAAGGCUCAGAUAAAUCUCACUUUACAGUAAAUUAUAAUGCACGUUUGAGCAUUUUAUAAAUCUAAUUAUCCGCAUAUGGCCCGUCAAAGUUUGGAGACGAUCUUUCGCUACCAAUUAGAAGUUAUUCUAUACUGAACGUUGGAAGCGAAUGAAUAGGUAAUGUAGUACUUAGUCUGUGGAGCAGAGAGGUCACCGUGUUUCUGACUGUUUCUCCAGGUAGAUAGGUUUGCUGUUGUGUGCUUUGGUAGACGCCUGCCCACCUGUCUGCUCCCUCUUCUCUGUGGUUUAAUAGCAGCCAGGUAGCGAGGUGUUUGUUGUGCAGUGGGGAUGUAGCUGCUCCAUCAAACCAGUCUUUGUUGCUCCUCCAGACACGUAUUAUUGUACAGCUUCUAAAGAGGAACUGAUAAGACCCAGCCUGCAUUUAGUUCUCAUCUCAAAGCCUUGAUGUUUUAAUGAGCCCACUGAGUAUACAGAGACGCCCCCCCCCCCCACACACACACACACACCGAUGCCAGCAAUUUCGUUUGAGAUCAAAUUGAAAACCUCCAGAUAAAGGCACAGCAAAGGGAGAGAACUUGAGAAUUGGCUCUAAAUGGACUCAAAAGCUUUGUUGUACAGCUACUCUGUGUAGCGCCAGAUGGCUGGAGAGUAAUGGAGAUUGUCUGUUUGGCAAAACGGCACCUUCACUUUGCUGAAUACAUCCUACUUUUCCACAGUGGUCUUUUAAAUAGGAUGUUUAAUGCAGUUGAGUCUGCUCUCUGCUGCUGCCCAGCGUGCGGAACCGAACCCCCUGCCACACUAUUAACCAAGCUCUCUCUCUCUCUGUCUCUCUCAUAAUUUAUUGAGUCCAUUUUAAGAUGCUUUUCUUGUCGCCUGUUUCUGUGACUGCAGGCUUCCUGGACCCUGAGAUGAAGCUGUUCUCUCACAGGAUCCUGUCCAGAGACGAAUGCAUCGACCCCUUCUCCAAGACAGGGAACCUAAGGUGAGACCUGGGUCUCUGUCUCUUUGGCAGAGCUGGUAGCACAUACCGCUUUGAAGCCCACACAUCACACUUUGACACUCAUACCAAUAGCAAUUUCAGCCAGGACGUUUAAGAAGAAUCUGUCCAAUAUGAAAAGGACAUAGCUGAUAUGUUAUCUUUCAUUUCGACACUUUGGAGAAAAGGCAUUAAUUCACUCAAGGGAGAUAUCCUGUGGAAUUGGGAGAAAUGUAUUUCCGCUCAGCCACUACUGCUGAAGAAUUCAACAGAGGGAAUUCCUGUAAUGAUUGGAACUACUAGACCUUAGUGUUGAUUAAAACCUGGCAGCAGUCAAGUCAUCUGAAGUCACUUUUUUGCCCCCUCAGACAAUACAGCACUAUAAAACUGAGCCUUCCAGCUCUAGCAUGACAGUGCUAGAGAUGAGCAGAGGGAAAAUAGCCAUGCAGUAUUUCUUCUAAUCAGUGACUCCUGUUAUAGGAAGCGUACUAGAACACCGUUCUCAAAGUCCUAAUGGUAGAAACUGUGGUUCUUGUAUAGUUAUGAUGUUCAGAUAAUUAUUGGUAAGAGUGAGAGCCAGAAUUCAGUUCUACCCUGGAGGCGUAGUCCUUCCCAAAUGGCAGCAUGUUCCCUUUAAAUGACUUUUGACCAGGGCCCAUAGGUUAUAGGCUGCCAUUUGGGACGUAGCCUCGGGCUGGGUAAUGAUCGAGAGAGAGCAUAGCAUUUUGCUCUGUUACUGUGGGACUUUGUUAUUCCCUAAAGACACACUGCCUAAGGAGUUACACAUGUAGAGGAGAGGAGAGGGAGUGCCAGUUUAACUUAUAUCUAACUCUCUCUCGCGCUCUCUUUGUCUCUCGCUCUCUCUCAGGAAUCUGUUCCCAUGUGGGGACUCGAUGGUGUGUAUUAUAGAUGAUCGGGAGGAUGUGUGGAAGUUUGCUCCUAACUUGAUCACUGUGAAGAAAUACAUCUACUUCCAGGGGACAGGAGACAUCAACGCCCCACCCGGGUCUAAAGAGGCUCAGCAGGGAAGGAAAGGUAUGGUAUAUAGGGUCUGA